AUGGGUCUCCCCCAUCCCAGAGGCAAGAUCGUGGAACUCCCAUAUGUCACUAUCGGUUCUGAUGAAACCUUGACUGAGUACAUUGGUUUUCAGAAGAAGAAUUCAGUGACAAUCAAACCUAAAAGGGACAGGUCAAACAAGACCUUGAAGGCUCAGUCGUUUGCUGUCAACGCUGCAAGAUACGGUGCAAUCCUCAUGGCCCUUACACCAGCACUCCACGAGAUGCUCUCACAGUCGCUUUGUUUCUCUUCCCUCCCGGCUCAGGGAGAGGGAUCCAUGAAGAGGACACUUUGCUCCCAGCAACCCCGUGUCCAAGAUACCACGAAGUAUACUUCAGAGACGGUAUUUAGUGGUUUCGGUAAUCUUGAUUCGAUUGCUGCUCUUUGGCAUGAGCCCAAAAUGCUUGACAAUCUGCUUUUGACUCUUGUGGCAAUUGCAUCGAAUGGCACAAGGAAUGCUCGACAUGUCCCACACUACGAUGGGAUGACAAUAGAGGAGACUGAAUCUCUUGAUGAUCUGAAGGAGCAAAAAGAUGUCUACUUCACAGACACUGAAUCUGUCGGAAACCUCCUCCAAGUUUCGGUCGUCAAUUCCGACCUUCGAGCCAUACAAGAAGAGUCCCGACACCGGUUAGAAGGAACAACGAACCAUAAAGAAGAGCGUCUGCUCUAUAUCGGCAACAUGCCCUCCCAACGCAAGAGGGCUGACUUUGCGAAAUUCCUUCAUUCAGAAGGCUAUAUCGGCAUCAACCACUAUUGA